UGCAUCUCUGCCUGACAUUGAGGCCACACUUUUACACCUCGCUUCCCCGUUAGAAUUAAAUGAUGCCUUCCAUUUAAAUCUACGUCAGUGUCUCAAAUUAAAUACAUCAAUUUAGAUAAGAGAACCGAGUGACACUUUCCCCCUAAUAAAACAAUCAAGUGUGAGUAAAACAAGCCACUAAAAGCAACUGUUUGCCUCAUUGAGGUUAUCGCUGGGAUUCAUUAGAAUCUGGAAGCCAGAUCAAACAGAUUUGCUUUGGGGUUCACUUGCAUUGGGUCACAUUAAAUAAAGACUCCACUUGAGCCAAAAGCUGCAUGCCAAAACAAUGCGGGGGUUUAGGGGGAGCCAUAUGCACGGAUGAAUGAUUAUAUGGGGAUGUUUAGAACGGACUAUCAUUUAUUUAUCUUCGUGUGAGGGCUCAAUUUAGCCACUUUUGGGUUUUCUAUGCCAGCAACAUCAUUUUUAAACGCCUUUGCAUUUUUUUUUUUUUUUUGCGGCAUCAUUUUUCCAACGUGGCUUUCAUUCAGAGACGGUGAUGAUGACGGUGAGGUGAACGGGACACCUCGGGCUGACCCCGACCCGCAACAAAGCCAACUACUAGUCACUGUCUGGGGCCUUUUUGUCCCAUUCUUGUGUGCGUGCCCUCUGCGGAACGGUCACGUUUUGUUGUGCGCCCUUUGACUUGCUGCCACAAGGCCAAAUAUGGCCCCCGCGUCCCUUCAAUAUGGGCCCGAUUAAUUUUUCAGCUCGAGGUCCCAUCUGUGGGGGUCGAUCCCGUCCGUCAGUGAAAAAGUCAUAAAUCUACUGUGCGGGUUCAAUAUAGAAAGGGGGGGGGCGGUAGUCGGAUGGAUGGGUUUAUAUAGAUAAGAUAAAUAAUGACGCAGCAGUUCCAAUGCACAAACAUCCAAUUUUCCAAUUUAGCCCCGCCAGCAAAUCUUCAUUAGGCCAAUUAAGGACGAUGUUUUUUUUAAACGUUAUAUUUCGGGAAAGCCGCAAAAAAAGCAAGGGCUCCUAUUGGCUGAGUUGCCGGGUCACGUGGUCCUCGCGGCCGUUCAUCUAUUUGACAGCCGCGGGGUGGCUUAAUGCCAGAGGGGGGAAAAGGGGGCUACAGGGCGAAGGGGUAGAGGGAGAGAGGGAGAGAGAGAGAGGAAAAAGAAAAAUUAGUAUUCUCCUACCAGCCUCGCUAUAAAUCAAUCAUGGAGUCCUACGCGGUGAGCUGCAAAUACGCCGAGCCGCACUUCCCGCCUUGCGAAGAAGAUUACAGUCAUUUUACUGACCAGGGGGGCUAUUACAACAGCCCCCCGGACUGUGGCACGUACGGCGGUGGGCGCUACCAGCCUGCAGCCGCAGCCCCUCCGCCCGAGCCCGGCUACGCACCCCAACCAACCGCCUAUGAACAUUCCUUGCAGGCGCAGCAGCAGCAGCAGCAUCCACGGGAGGAUGCCGAGCGGCUGCCCCAGCAAGGUGCGCCCUUCCCCGGCUACACCGAGCACGACGACGCCGGGGGCAAGGAGGGGGGCUUCCCGGAGAUGUGGAUGACGUGCGCCAGUAAGCCCACUCAGGUGCAGAAGAGAAUCGUUGCCGGAGGGGGUCACCAGGCCAAAGACAAGCCGCCCAUCGUAGUGUACCCCUGGAUGAAGAAGGUGCACAUCGCCCACGUGAACCCGAACCACCCGGGCCCGGAGCCCAAGCGUCUGCGAACGGCCUACACGCGUCAGCAGGUGCUGGAACUGGAGAAGGAGUUCCAUUUCAGCCGCUACCUGACUCGCCGCCGUCGCGUGGAAGUGGCGCAUGCGCUCUGCCUGUCCGAGCGCCAGGUCAAGGUGUGGUUCCAGAACCGGCGCAUGCGCUGGAAGAAGGACAACAAGCUGCCGAACACCAAGGGACGCAGCAAGGCCAAGAAAAGCGCGGAGAAGGUGACCCUCCCGGUGUGAGACUGUGGGGCCGGGGGUGAUGCGAAGGGGGCAUUUAGGACCCCCAAAAAGACCAAGUGACGAUCCAGGCCCACAUUCCUCAAGCAUCCAUGCAUCUAGCUUUAUAUAUAGCCUAGUAUCGUCAUCAUUUUUGUUCGAGUUCUGGAUCUCCUGGAAGCAUUCAUGGUUUGUUUUGGAGAGAACAGGGUUACAGUAUUUUUUCUUCCUGAUUAUUAUUAUUAUUAUUAUUAUUAUUAUCAUUAUUAUUAUUUCUACAGGGUAAAAAAAUAAUACAGGGUUGUAUAAUUGUGAGGCAGAGUAUUACUUGUAUGCACAUGACCAAAAUGCAAACGCAAAGAUGACACAGGCGACAAAUGGGCUCGCACUGUUAUGUGCCAAAGCGUGCAGCGCACGCACACACACACACGCACACACACUUAUACACAACUGAGCUCCAAAAGGUGUUUGUAUAUUUGUCUCAGGGUUUCCUUACAGGGUUUUAAAGUCCAUCCAGCACCAACAUACAAAGAAUAAUAGUGUUUUCCCCCCUCAUUCUUUUAGAUUCCAGUUUAAUAUGCUAAUUUGCCUCCGUCAGUACUUAUUAUUUUUUAUUAUGUGUAUGUUUAUAACAUAUUUUAUUCUUGGUAACAGCAACUGUGUCGUUUUGUAUGUGAAAAAGGUACGGCAAAAAAAAAACAUCAGUGUACGACUUUUAUAUGUGGAAAAACAUUUUGAUAAAAAAAAAAUCUUGGUUAAGUAAAUAAAAACUUUACAUUAUAAUUGUAUUGUCUCCAGCUCUCUUGCACACAUGCACACACUGUGUUUAAAUAAACGAGAAGACACAUAAGUCUCAAUUUUGUGUGAA